AGCGACAUGUCUGAGCACGAGGUCAACACGGAGCGGGUGGAGGUGGAAUCCCGCGGUGUCAACCACGUGGAGGGCGGCUGGCCCAAAGACAUCAACCCGCAGGAGGUGGAGCAAACCAUCCGCUUCAGGAAGAAAGUGGAGAAAGAUGAAAACUACAUCAACACCAUCACCCACCUCGGCGCCCUGAUGGAGCACUGCGUCAAGCAGAACAACGCCAUCAACAUCUACGAGGAGUACUUCGGAGAGGAGGAGGUGGCAGAGGUGGAAGACGAGCCCCCCUCCGCAAAAACCAUCAAUGUCAUCAGGGAUCCAAACGUAACCAAGAGGACAGCUACGCAUCUCUCCUGGCACCCCAACACAUGCAAGAAACUGGCAGUGGCUUAUUCCAGCCUGGAGUUCCAGCAAAACACGAAAGAGAUGAGCUUUGACUCGUACAUCUGGGAUCUUGAAAACCCCAACAAGCCGGAGCUCGUUCUCAAGCCGUCAUCCCCUCUCGUGAGCCUGGAAUACAACCCCAAAGACUCACACAUCCUGGUGGGAGGAUGCUACAACGGGCAGAUGGCUUACUGGGACACCAGGAAAGGGGGGCUGCCUGUGGAGGUGUCCACCGUGGAGUUCAGCCACAGGGACCCGGUGUACGGAGCCAUCUGGCUGCAGUCCAAAACGGGCACCGAGUGCUUCUCGGCCUCCACCGACGGGCAG